AUGUGCCCAUGUGACGUCGAUCUUGCCCGAUGGGACCCGUGGUUUUGGCCAAUUCAGACCCAAGUGCGUCAGCAAAAUAACGAUAGUGUGUGCGUUGACAUGAUGCUACGAGAAGCUUUCAAGCCCCAUGGAAAGUCGUGCUGCUAUUACCGCUCAACAUUGACAUUCGUGGACAUGAAACCCCUAUCUGGUGGAUUUUACUUCUCACAUCCCUCAUUCUCACCACGUGAUCACGAGGCAAAUGAUGUCAUCAUGAAGGACAAAUGUUGUACGAAAUCCAACUUCUGCGAUCUCUAUUACCAACUGCAUCCUACAGGCACAUGCUACACCGUAUCUCCAUACAGAUUUGGUUCCUUCUGGGGAGAUCCGCAUAUGAGCACACUCGACGGAAUGAACUACACAUUCAACGGACUCGGGGAAUACGUGUUGCUAAGCAUUGAGACGUCAAAUGUUACAUUUUCCCUCCAAGCUAGGACAGAGAGGGCAGUGAAGAAAGACGGGAACCUGUCUGACGCGACAAUCUUCACAGCGUUUGCAGCUCGUGAUAAUACAAAUUCGUCCAUACACGUUGAACUUAAUAAGGCUAAGGACAAUGUGACUUUGUACGGUAAUGGCAUUGAUCUUACAAAGACUCUUCGGGAAGUACAACACGACAUGUUUGUGUUUAAUACGUCAACACUCACAAUUCAUGAAGAUGACGGCGUGUUGAGGGUGUCAUUCCUUGAGAUAGGGAUAACGCUCGAAAUAGGAAAAGGAGCAGGAAUGUUGUCAUUGGAUGCGAUUAUACCAAAUACAUUCAACAACGUAACAAAAGGUCUCCUAGGAAAUUUUGAUAGAGACCCUUUCAAUGAUUUUGUAUACCCAAAUGGAAGUCAGCUUUAUUUUAAUGCAAGUGAUAUGGAAAUAUUUUAUUACGGUCAGGCAUGGUCCGUGAAUGACAGCUCGUCUGUAUUUUUCUAUGACGACGGAAAGGAACAUUCCGAUUAUCACAACGCUUCUUACAUACCGCGUUUCUUGGAUACCGUCGACAAAAUAACGCUUGCUGAAGCUGAAAAGGCAUGCAACGGCUCAAAGAAUAAAGAAUGUGUGUUCGACUACGCAUUAACCUUGAACGAAAAUAUUGCGAUGAUGACGAACAGAAAACGUGAAAUUAUUGACGUGAACACAGAAGAAAUAGCUAAAGUCGUGCCAACCAUAAAUAAUACAUGUAGCGUAAAUGCUAAGGUUGGAGAUCAAAUUUCGUGCCAGUUAAAGAUCGAUGAUGGGUUAGAUAUAGAAGUUUUGAACAAUGCAAAUAAAACAACAACAUAUAACAGAACGUCAAAGACGCUCUAUUUCAGACAAAAAGAUGAUCGUCCACACAACAUAUGGUUUGUUGCAAUCAACGCCGACAGAAAGCAAUCUCAGCAGCACACUAUACAGGUACAACUAUGCACUGGUUGCCGUGGCAACGGACGCUGCUCCACGACAGUGCGGCCGGACCCUCGAGAGAAUGCAUAUUUCAAGUAUUCUGCAUGCGUGUGCGACCCUGGAUACACCGGAGACGAUUGUGAAAAACUAUACGACUGGUGCGCUGAACGUCCCUGCUCCUUUGGAAGAAACUGUACCAGCCUACCAUCGAACAGAACAUAUUCGUGUUCCCCUUGCCCAAACGGAUAUGAUGCUGAACCAGGGACAAACGAUUGCAUUGAUAUAAACGAAUGCAACUCGUCCAAUCUCUGCGACCAUAUGUGCCUCAAUACUGAAGGAAGUUACUCGUGCGAUUGCAAGCAAGGAUUCCGAGUCGAUGCAAAUAACGAACAUAAAUGUAUCGAUAUCAACGAAUGCAACGAAGCUUCUGACAACUGCACUCAGAUCUGCAACAACACGAUAGGCGGCUUUCUCUGCAGAUGUCAUUCCGGUUUUACCUUCGAGAUGUCUAAUUGGACAUGUGUACCAGAUGAUUCUGACCCAUGUGCUAGAUCAACACUCAACUGCACUCAAACCGCGGGCUGUACCCUUGAUACGAACAACGCAACCACGUGCUUCUGUGAUGCAGGAUUUAUUUUUAACAAAAUAUCACAUCAAUGCCAAGAUGUCAACGAAUGCUCUCAACAUAUUUGUGCACAAGACUGCACGAACACGAUUGGCAGUUUUCAGUGCAGCUGCAUUGCGGGUUACCAGCUAGUAAACAAGGUAUCAUGUGAACUAUGUGAGGUGCCAAACUGGGGUUUGAACUGUUCACAAACUUGCGACUGUACCGGACGAGGCGCCGAGAGAUGCGAUCCUGUCAGAGGCUGCGUCUGUUCCAAUGGAUGGACAGGAAGUUCAUGUGACGAUGACGUCGACGAAUGCAAGGAGCAUCCUGGAGUAUGCGAAGAUGCUAGGAAGUCCUGUACUAACAACAUUGGCUCGUACAGCUGUGAUUGUUUGAAAGGAUACGUUAAAGAUGCUGUAGGAAAUUGCCGAGAUAUAGAUGAGUGCUAUGAUCCACAGUUGAACGAGUGUAGUCAGACGUGUUUGAAUGCUGAAGGCAGCUACACUUGUGGAUGUAAACCCGGCUACACAGAAGUCAAUUCGACACAUUGUACAGACAUUAAUGAGUGCGAUCUAAACUUGGCGGACUGUGAACAGAUGUGCGAAAACCAUCCAGGAUAUUACAACUGUUACUGCUAUUUCGGAUACAGGCUCAACGACGACAGGAAUACAUGUAGUAAAGUGAAGGAUUUUUGCAAGGAACUUAACAAUCUAACAUGCGCCGGCUAUUGUGAGGUACGAAACAAAACAGCAUCAUGUCAGUGUCAACAAGGAUUUGAACUUGCCCCUGAUAAACAAAAUUGUGCAGAUGUCGAUGAAUGUGAAGAUGGCAAUAAAUGUUCAACAGGAGCCAACUGUAUGAACACUGUCGGCUCAUUUGUGUGUGAAUGUCCUGUCGGUAUGAAGCUGCAAAAUAACAAAAGAACAUGUAUAGAAUGUGACAAUUAUCACUACGGCAAAGAUUGUUCACUUACGUGUUCGUGUAUCAACGGUGUGUGUAAUAGUACUGUAGGCUGCGUGUGUGAUCCGGGCUGGACAGGGAUAAGUUGCGACGUUGACGUCGACGAAUGCAGAAAUAACCAGGUGGUCUGCAAUGAGACUAAUACCCACUGUUUGAACACGCCGGGCAGCGCCUCGUGUGUCUGUCAAGAGGGCUACACGAAAAACAUAGCAUCGGGAAAGUGCGAAGAUAUGAACGAAUGCCAGACUUCUUUCAUGAACACGUGUGAUCAAGAUUGCAUCAACACACCCGGAAGUUAUCUUUGUAGUUGCAGAGAAGGUUUUGUUUUCAAAAAUGGAAAAUGUAACGAUAUUAACGAAUGCCUAGGCGGGAACGAAUGUCAACAACAAUGUGUUAACACUAUUGGUAGCUACAGAUGCUCUUGUGAAUCGGGAUUCGUUCUUGAACUUACCGACCGAAAGUCUUGCAUUGCUGAGACAAAGUGUACGUUAAAUCAAGCUGCUAACUGCUCUGGUAAUGCUACUUGUUCUGUUUCCGAUGACGAGGUUAUAUGUGUUUGUCCUAAUGGAUACAACGGGACUUAUUGUACAGACAUCGACGAGUGUGAAAAUGGUAAGGAAACAUGUGACCAAAAUUGUAAAAAUACCGAAGGUGGAUUCAAUUGCGAGUGUCAAGUUGGAUAUUUCCUGGAAAACGAUUAUGCCACGUGCACAGAGUGCAUAAACUGGACAUACGGUGAGAUGUGUUCCAGAGAAUGUAAAUGCAAUUUGACCAAUACUGAGACUUGCAAUCCAACAAACGGAAAUUGUACGUGUUUGAAAGGUUGGCAUGGUGGACUGUGCAACGAUGACGUCAACGAAUGUACGUCCCUUUCAAACGAGUGUCCCACCAAUUCCCAAUGUAUAAACUUAUCAGGCAGUUUUACAUGCGAAUGUGACGCUGGAUAUCUCAAGAACAGCUCUGGUCUGUGUCAAGCGUGUCCUCAAGGUCGUUUUGGCAAAGGCUGUACAAGCACCUGUUUGUGUGAUAUGGCACAUACAUCCGUGUGCAAUCCAGUAAACGGGAGCUGUACGUGUGACGCAGGAUGGACUGGCCCCGAAUGUAAAACAGAUGUCGACGAGUGUGUGUCAGCUAAUGGCUUCAAAUGUCCUGCAAACUCGACAUGCGUCGAUGCUAUUGGUAGUUACAAGUGUGAUUGUGACCCGGGUUUCAAAAUGAGCAGCAAAGGCAAUAGCUGUACAGAGUGUUCAAACAACACUUACGGAAUGAAAUGUUUCAAUACGUGCGCAUGCGUUAAGGAGCACACACUUUCCCACACCCAGUCAUGUGACACUAUCAAUGGAACAUGCAAGUGCACUGGGAACUGGACUGGGAAUACUUGCCAAAUCGAUGUAGAUGAGUGCCAAGAAGAUGUGUGUAAGGAUAAAAACGCCGUAUGUGUCAACACUGAUGGUUCUUAUGCUUGCUACUGCAAGAAAGGCUUUGUAAAAGACGAUGUUACCAAAACGUGUUCGAAUGUUGCGACUGUUCCAGGAAAGAAAAUAGACCUGCAGGUCACACUGAAAAUUGAAGAUCGGAGUGUAAAUCUUACAUCAGACAGGGAUUUUGCAGUGGUUGCUCAAAAAGUUACAUUAUCGGUAUGUACUGACGGCAUGUGCUUUAUAUUUAGUUAA